GUUCAAUCAUCUUCAUCCUUUGUGUCAAAUCGUUUUGUUGUCAUAGUUCAUUUAUUCUCUUCAUUCACAUUCACUUGUUCUUUCUCUGUCAAAAUGGCUGCCGCAACGGAGGCGAGACGCGAACCUAUUCAGGCCGUGCAGGUAUUCGGUCGCAAGAAAACUGCCACAGCAGUAGCAUACUGCAAGCGUGGUCAUGGUGUUCUCCGGGUGAACGGUCGUCCCCUGGAGCUGGUGGAGCCCCGUCUUCUCCAGUACAAACUUCAAGAGCCAAUCUUACUACUCGGCAAGGAAAAAUUCUCCGGCGUUGACAUCAGAGUGACUGUCAAGGGUGGUGGCCACGUUGCGCAGGUGUACGCAAUCAGGCAGGCAAUUUCAAAGGCCCUCAUUGCCUUUUAUCAGAAAUAUGUAGAUGAGGCGUCAAAGAAGGAAAUCAAGGACAUCCUCGUCCAAUAUGACAGGAGUUUGCUGGUGGCCGACCCUCGCCGCUGCGAGCCCAAGAAGUUCGGCGGACCCGGGGCCCGCGCCAGAUACCAGAAAUCCUACCGUUAAUACAUUUGUAUGCCACGUCCAGUGGUCUUGCAUUGGUAUAUUGUCUGUCAGUGCAAUAGCAUUGGGGGUUUAAUAAAGUAAGAAAAUUUAAA